AGACUCUGUCGCAUCUUUAUUCCCAGUAAUUGCAUCAGUGAACUAUAAAAUGAAAGUUUUAAUCACGGUGUUAAGGUUUGUAUAUUUGCCGCAAAGCCGAGUGGAAAUAAAUAGGCCUUCAUCGACUCUUACUCGCCAUGACGUCACCAACCCUGUUCCUCUACGCCGGGGUCUUCUUCUUCUUGAUUUAUAGCUAUGUCUGUGACCUGCCCGUUGAAGACACGACAAAACAGUGUGAAUACGACAACAUCAAAAGAUGCAACGAUGAGUUCAAACAGGUGUUCAUGAAUGCUACGGCCGGAAAACGAGAGACAGGAGUGAGAAAUGUUUACUGCACAGCUCUACAGGUGUUUAUGAACUGUUUGGAUGGUUCUCUUGGACGCUGCAUCGGUGGCUCGUGGCUUCAGAAUUACAGCUAUGUUGUCUUGGAACAUGGUAUAAUGGACAAGAAGUGUGGUGUAUGCCCCCACCAUAAUUACCAUGACCUUGAACGAGUACUUAAUGCAAGGAACAGGACAGACUACAUCGGUUUUGAUAUCUGCCCGCUAUGUGCGAAGGUUGUCCACAAUACAUGUGUGGAGCAAUUCUUGGAAAACCGUACCAACGCGAACAUGUGCCAUAAUGUGCAAAAGUUUAUCAACUGUUAUGAAAAGGUUGGUGACGGGUAUUGUGCCAGAUGGAAGAUCGUGAGGAGUUUUUCCAAUCUUUGUCGCCAAUUGGGAGAGAAGAUGUUACAGGAAGAUGAGAAACAUCGCGGGUUGAUGUGCUAAACGCUGGUUAUGUUCAACAGGCAGUUAGUGUAAUACAGAGCUGUACAUAACACAUUCUGUUCAAUGAAAAGCACAAUAUUCGGGAAUAUUAAACCUGAAAAAAUCGUACUUGAGAUUAAAUGUUAUUUCUUUUGGUGAGA